GAGAUGCCGCGGGCGCUGGACACGCGUUGCUUGCAAGUGGGACUCACCGCGAACGUUGGCGUUGCGACCGGGCGCGUCGCAGAAAUUCUAGGCGAGCUUUGUAGUGCAAGUGCAGCCGAGGGUAUUGCACAGUGUUGUGGCAGUUGACCAGAGAGUGAAAGUGAAUUUGUGCUACAUAGAACGUGGAACGAUGGCGGUUCUAGGGAAUAGUGCUUCGAUCCUGUUUGUGGUGUUUAUUUGCGGUGUUAAUUCGAUCUAUGUUCCAUCGCUGUUUGAUUUCAUCAACUACGUGCAGAUGACAAAUGAUACGGAAUUGAACGAUACCACACUCCUCCUAAACUGGGACAGCCGAGCCACCAUAAACUAUUUGCCAGGAGCUAAUGAGUCGGUUUCCCCGAUCGUCUGUGUUCACACAACUUCGAUGGAUGAUCUGCCACCUGAUGUUUUUACGAAAAACGAACGGCUCAGAGGAGCAGUAAUACUACACUUCCUGGCUGCCAUUUACUUCUUUACGAUAUUGGCGUACGUAUGCAGCGAAUACUUUUUACCAUCGGUAGAAUACAUCUGCGAAGAUCUACAUCUGUCCGAGGAUGUAGCAGCUGCAACCUUCAUGGCAACGGCCACCUCAAUGCCAGAAUUUUUCACAAAUACAAUCAGUACCUUGUUAGUGGAUUCAGAUAUGGGGCUGGGCACGAUUAUGGGAUCCAUGCUAUUCAACACUCUGGGUGUUGCCGCGUUGGUUGCUUUACUGACAAAGUCGCACGUCCAACUUGAUUGGUGGCCAUUGACCCGGGACUCGAUUAUCGUCAUCAUUAGUACCAGCUCACUGAUGUCAUGCCUUUGGGAUGAACGCGUCUACUGGUACGAAUCGGUAGUAUUCGUCGUUCUCUAUGUACUGUACUUCGUAGUGAUGUUCCAAAAUGAUCGAAUGAAGCGAAUGGCAGUUUCCUUGAUCGAAGACCGCUGGAAUCUGUGUCGGAGGCUGGAGAAGAAAUCCUCAGAUGAAUUGAAAUCUGAGCAUAAAAACCAUCGGAAGUAUUCGAUAGCUGUCUUGGGGGAGGCCACUAACACUAGCAUCAAUAUUCCAACCAGUGAUAAGCAAUCUCCUCGUGAUUCGUACGACUCGACUACUGAUUCAGCUGAAUCGGGUGCUAGCAAAAUGCGACUGCUGAAAAUAUCAAAUGGCUCGUGGAUGGGCAUUGUUUGGUGGUUCUACACAUGGCCCUUCCGGGCGAUCAUCAAAGUAACAAUACCAGAUCCGCGUAAUCAUAGGAAGCUCUAUCCGUUGACAUUCAUCAUGUGUAUCGCAUGGAUCGGCGGGACAGCUUACAUGGUAUUUUGGAUGAUGUCAAUCAUCGGCAGUACGUUCGAUGUCCCGGAAACGGUCAUGGGGCUAACCUUCCUGGCGUUCGGUGGUUGCAUGCCGGAAGCAGUCUCGGCCAUCACGGUAAUUAGAAAAGGAAAUGGUGCCAUGGGCGUAUCGAACUCACUGGGAGCAAACACGCUUGCAAUUCUGUUCUCAUUGGGACUGCCGUGGUUCAUCCGAAACAUGAUGGAAGGAGGAGCUUCUACAGGAGCUUACAUUGAAAUAAAUUCCUAUGGAAUGCAAUAUUCUGUGAUGGCUCUGUUUCUUGCGAUAGGUAUUCUAUAUCUGGUGCUGUAUAUUGCAAAGUUUACCUUACGUAAGUUAGUAGGAUUAGCUUUGUCGAUAGCGUACUUAAUAAUAGUUACUUUUAUGAUUCUAGUCGAAUUAGAUGUAUUUUUUCCGUCGAAAAAUAUUUGUUAAAUAUAUUAAUUUAUUAUUACAUAAAA